GUAACUUUUACACUAUUUAUAUACUUUACUUUGACUAAUUUUGUUAAAUUAUGAUUAAGAAAAAUAAAUAAAUUUGGAAUCGCGUUAGAUUUGUCCCACUUAAUAGUUAUGGUUUUGAUUGUAAAAGUUUUUUAUUUUUAUUUUUAUUUUUUAUUUUUUAUAACCAAAUAGGAGUAGUUUCAAUAAGGGGUGGAGUAUAUAUUACUUCGUAUAAACAUUGACUGAAUGAGUAAUCAUUACACACAGCUACAACCGUACAAAGUCUAACCAGUUCACAAUAUAGUUACGACAUUUGACACCAUGCCACAUCAAAUCAAAAUCGAGCACCUUUAAAUCAAUUUAGUACUCCAACAACGUCAGUCGCCAGAUUACAUAAAUAAAAUUCAAUUCCAGAAUUCACAAGUAACAAAAUAGAAGAAAAAAAAAAACAAUCAAAUUUAAAUUAACAUACAUACAAAUGUACAAUAACCUAAUCACAAAGUGCAUCAUAAUAGACGAUUAGGAUUUAGGAGUAGUGUUAGUAAGUGGUAGAGUAUAAAUUAUAGACAAAGACUCCCAAGACUAAUCGUUUGGCUAUAAAGAACGCUCACAUCUCAUCUGCUGUCCCUACGCCACCGACCUCUCAAUCCCCAAAAUCUUCUGCAAAUGAUAACAACUCUCCCUCUUUCUCUCUCUAACACACUCUUACAAACCUCACACCUUCCUCCUUUCUUACCCGUUUUCUUUUCUCAACUAUCAAUCAUCUCCUUCUUCCAUGGAUAACACUAAACACAAUCACAAUGAUAACAACAACAUUAACAAUAAUUACACCAAUAAUAAUAAUAAUAAUAAUAAUAAUAAUAAUACCUCUCAUUUCUCUUCCGAUUCCUCCGCCGCCGCAGAAACCACCAUCUCCGCCGGAAACAACAACAAUAGAGACCAGUUUCUAAGACAUCUCAACAAACUAUCACACAAGAUCUCUAAACCCAGUUCCCUAAACCUCCCACCUUCCAACCUAGCAAGUUCCGGUUCCAAUUCCAAUGCUUCAACGUUCAGAAAACCACCCAAUGAACCGCCGCUACCACCCCCAGUUCACCCACCACAACAACAACCCCCAGUUUACAACAUCAACAAAAGCGAUUUCCGUGAUGUUGUUCAAAAACUCACCGGCUCACCAGCUCACGCGGCGGCUCCGGCGCCGCCGCCGCCGAUUCACGCGCCCAAGCCGGCUUCUUCCCGGCUCCAGAGAAUCCGACCGCCGCCAUUAGCGCAGCUUAGUCCUCGUCCUCCUUCGAUGCUGGGUUGUGGGGUCAACCCUCAUUCUCCUCUUCCACCACUGCCGACGUGCCACGCGGCAGCUGAGAGUCCGAUCUCGGCGUACAUGAGGUUUCUUCAUAGCUCCGUUGAUUCCUCCUUUAAUCGGACGGGUCAGAUGUUGCCACCUCCUUCUCCGCCGUCGACGGAUUUUUCGACGGCUCUUCCUCCUUUUGGGUUUUUGCCGUCGCCAAAGUCGCCGUUCCCUUUUGUUCCGCCGAAUAUGAUGUUUUCUCCGACGGGAAAUAGUCCGUUAGGGUUUCCAAUUUCGCCGACUGUUCCUGGAGUUCCUAGCCCUAAAUGAGAGGAAGAAGGCAAAGAACAUGGUUUCACGCUUCAGGAGACGAUGAACAUGUAGGUCUAGGAGUCAUAUUGCAUUAUAGUAUUGAUUUAAGGUAGGUUGUUUAUGGUAAAAAAAAAAAAACUCAUGGGUAACAGGUUUCUGCCUUUUCUGGGGCAUGUGCAGUCUUAAUUGUAACUAGAAACAAAGUCAGCAAUCAGUGAUGAUAUACUUGUAUAAUGCCACUAUCUUACAUGUUUUGAUAGGUUCAUCCAUGUGUUAAACUGUUUUUUUAUUACCGUAUUUCGCUGUAUGGUUAUUUAAAUUUAUUAUCAGAAGAUUGAUUGGCGUUGCUCGUAAUCUUUCUUGCAUACGACGUAUCUUGUUGAAGUUUUCUUUUCACCAUCAUCUAUUUUUUCCCCUUUGCACGUAUUCUUUCGUGAUCCUAGAUGGCAACCCAUAUGAUCCGGAAAUUUGUUUAUGUGAUAGUGCCAUACUGCCAUGUUUAAUUGUUUAUAGCGUUGGAUUGACUUGGUAAUACUAUCAUAUUUGUGUCAAAUUGGAGUUAUUAUAUUCAAAAUUAUUUGCUUCUUAUUGCAAGGGAUGAGUUGCAUGUAAACUCCAUGUUGUAUCAUGUUGAAACAUUUGUUACUGAGCCUUUUUGUUCAAAUGAGGCAAUCGUAGAGGGAUGGCAUAAGUCAGAGUAGUUGCUAGUCUAGCUACCCAUGUAGUGUUAUUUAUUACAGAGAAAAGUAGUAGUUUCUGGACGUUACAAAGGUGUUCUUGAUAAUGCAAUAUGUGGUAAAAUAAAAAUAAUUGGCUUAAAAAGUUUCUCCUGUUUUGGUCUAUGCUAUAAUUGCUAGAUUUGGAAAUCAGUCAAAGAACACUUUGUAAAGAGGAAAAGGUGGGAUUAGAAAAGAAAUAAAGGAAAGAAAUCAGCAGGGCACUGUGCUUCUUUGGUGCUUUGUGAGCUAACUCUUACCAAUUUGCUCUGUAAAAGUGUUGGUUUUCAUGGUUUUUGGUGAAGUUUUUUAUGUUUUUUGGUGAAGUGGGAAUCCUUGCUUUGGCCCCCUUUGUUUUGCUUUACGGAGGCCAAUCUUUUGGGAAAUGAGCUUGAUAACGCUCUACUUUGCUCACCCAUCAUAGGCCAAUACUCACUACAUCCACCAUCAAAAGCAAAUACAAUGAACUGGUGAGAAAGAAAAUUAAUAUCGGCAAAACUGAUUUGUAUUUGAUUAUCGGACAUAUACGAGUAUUUAUUUGUGUAUUACGCCCAAGCAUUGAGUUGAAUUAAACAAGAUUUUAUUUGAUAUUCCCUUCCGAAUAACUAACAUGCAUGAUAAUAAGAUAAUUAUUACGAGCAUAUCCAAUUUGAUAUAUGUACAAAAUUAGAGAGUCUAUUAUGUUCACCCGGGUGUUCUGUUCACUCGGAGUCAUUUGAUCAUUCAAUCAACAAACAAGUGAUUAAAUGAGCAAAUGACAUCGAGUGUAUACAACAAAUUCUAACAAAAUUAUCCUAUCUUGCAGAUGUAAUAAAAAACAAAUUGAUUAGAUUUCAAUCCAAUUCAAAUGAUCUAUGGAAAACAUCUUUUGUUUGUUAUUGUAAUUUUUUUUGUUAAGUUCCAUUAAGUCUAUGUCUGUUAUUGACACAAUAUUUUCCUUUCACCUUUAUUUGUUAAUAAUAGUAGUAUAAGAAAUAUCGUAGUAGUAUUUCCUUUCACAUGAGUGGGUGAAUGUUGUUAAUGUUGCUUUAAAAUGUCGUUAUCCUAGUGUUGAGGAUUGAAGGGGAAUGAGAGGCCCACUCCAAGACUAGCGCACACAAGUUGGGCGAGUCUAAAGGCUUUUUCCUUGUAAAAGUGAUGUUUUGAAUUUUAAGCUUUCAUCCGUCCAUUAACCUUCUAAUUAAUAUGCUCUUUGCAUAUGUGAUAAGAUGGGAGAAAUGAUCUUGUCAAAAAAAAAAAA